AUGACUGCUAUGACGGAAAGGGGAGGCUGUAUUGUCGGAGGACUUGCCUGCCAGCGAGAUUCGUACCUAAGGGAAUUGAGCGCCCGCGUAGUGGCAUGCGAUGAAGUUUCGGAUCAAGCUUCAGGUGACAGUGAACGGCUCUGGCAAGUUGAGUUCAACGAUUCUGUGCUUUUCCCAGAAGGAGGCGGUCAACCAUCAGAUUACGGAACCUUGGUGGUCAACUCAGCCAACGGCACAUCACCCGAUAUUCCUGUAAAACGAAUCGAGAGGCAUGGGCUACGAUGCAUAAUCUACUCUCCACAACCACUUGAAGUAGGUGAUACUGUGCAACAAAAGGUUGACUCGGAGCGGCGCUGGGAUCACAUGCAGCAGCACACUGGCCAACAUCUCCUCUCUGCUGUUGCCCGCAACUUGUACAAAAUCGAUACAGUCGGCUGGGGUAUGGGGCCUGAUGGAGCUCUCAACUAUAUCGAUGUUCCUAGAAAAGUGUCUGCCGAAGAAAUUAAGGGCAUCCAGGAUGCUUGCAAUGAAAUCUGCCAGCAAAACAUUACAGUCAUCACAAACUACCCAGAGGUCCCUCUUAACGAAGAUGCGGACAACACCAAGGGCAUAAUCAGAGUCGUCAGCAUUGGCGAAAUGGAUACUAAUCCUUGCUGCGGAACGCACUUAUCACAGACGGCACAUAUUUCGACCAUUCUCAUCCAGUCGUGUCAGGCUGUAAACGCUAGUAGACAUAGACUAUACUUUGCAGCAGGCAACAGGGCAAUGGUCCAUGCAAAUGCCGCAAUGCAAGCCCUUGCAUCUCUGGGGAAGCAAUUGUCCUGUGCGGCUGUUGGGGACGACAUCCUUGCUGCCACGGACAAGUUGCGCCAGUCAGCAAGCGAGGCCAAAAAGAGGGAGAAGAAGCUCGUUUUACAUAUUGCCAAGCUUGAGGUUCUUCAAGCCCUGUCCCGUUUGAACGAGGGCAAUGGCGUCUGGCUCUAUCAACCCGACGCCGGACCCGAUUUGUUGAACGGCAUCAAGGCAGAAAUGAAAACCGCCAGCAACUUCCCUGGUCUACUUGUAGCCCUAGUGGGAGGGAUCAACGAGCCUUGUUCGCUGUCUUGCUUUGGAAAUGAGGAGAAGGUUCAGGGGUAUAUUGCCGAAGCUCAGAAGAAGAUUGCUGAACUCAAGGGAUUUGGCAAAGGACGCGCCUGGCAAGGUAAAGUAGCCAAACUGAGCAAAUCGGACUUGGAGGCACUAGAAGCCUUGGUUUAA